AUGAGCACCAGCCGCCCUGGCCAGGGUGCCCGGCCACCCCAGAGUCCCUGCCCGCAGCCCCUGUCCCGGAGCUCUUCCAGCCUGUUGGAAGGCCAGGGGCAGAGACCAGAGCUCCGCAAGAGUGCCAGCAGCACUGUAUGGCAGGCCCAGCCAGGCGAGGCCAGCGCCAGUCCACAGGUCCCGGAGGAAGAGGAGCACCACGCUGAGAGCACGGAGCAGACGCAGGCCUCCAGCCCCCGGCCCCGGCCCCGUGCUGUGGGCCACUGGCGGAGCAGCACUGUGGGCAAUGUGUCUACCGUGGGUGGUGGUGACCUGGGUCGCCUGAGGGCCCCCGGUGCUGCUGCCAUGCAGAGGAGCCACUCGGACCUGGUGCGCAGCACCCAGACCCGGGGCCACAGUGGUGCCCAUAAAGCCAGCCUCAGCUGCUCGGCCCUUGGCAGCUCACCGGUCCACAGGGCUCAGCUGCAGCCCAGUAGUACUUCUGGCCAGGGAGGCCGGGCCCCUGCAGGCCUAGAGAGGGACCUGGCUCCAGAGGAAGGGACUUCGAACUCAGCCUGGACACUGGGAGACAGUCAGGUGUGGGUGACGCCACUAGACCUGGGAGGGACAACCACCCACAGCAGCAGCCCCCAGGCUGGGCCCAAAGCCACUGGGCAGCCAGCCACGACCUCCUGCCAUGCCCUGUCCCCAGCAACUCUCCUCUGCAAUAUGAGAGAGGUGGGGACCGGUGGCUGCUGUCAUGCCCUGCCAGCCCCGGGGAUCCUGACCUUUCCCAAACUAGUGGCAUCGGUAAGUGAGUCUGGGCUGCAGGCUCAGCAUGCGGUGAGGUUCCAGUGCAGGUUGCCUGGGGGGCUCCCUGGGCAUUCCCACUGCUGUGCCCACCAUUGGGGUCCCACCGGGUUGGUCACGGAGCCUGGUACCAGGACCAAGGAUGUAUGGACCAUGACCUCAGCCAGUGACUUGGCCCCUGUGUUGGCAUCCUCUCUGUCAGCCCAGGAUGCUGGUGUACAGGCAGCCCCCAUGGCGGUUUGCAAGGCUGUGGCCACCAGCCCACCCCUGGAAGCCCCCGUGGCCCUGCACACAUUCCCGGAGGUAACUCUGGGGUCUGACCUGGAGGAGGCACCAUCCCCUGUGCGGGAUGUGCGAUGGGAUGCUGAGGGCAUGACCUGGGAGGUGUAUGGAGCUGCAGUGGACCCUGAGGUACUUGGCGUGGCCAUCCAGAAGCAUCUGGAGAUGCAGUUUGAGCAGCUGCAGCGGGCACCCACCAGCGAGGACAGCCUGUCUGCGGAGGGCCGGAGGGGGCCUCUGCGUGCUGUCAUGCAGUCCUUGAGGCGCCCCAGCUGCUGCGGCUGCUCCAGUGCAGCUCCCGAGUGA